AUGCCAGAAGAACACGGUCAAACAAUAAUGGCAGUUGAUGAACUUCAAGCUAUAAUACAAAGAUGUCAAAUUCUGGAAGAAGCUGAUUUCAAAGGAGAAGAUUUUAAUCUGUUUCAGGUAGCAGGUCAGAAAUGUUUGGAAGAUGGACAUGCAGCUCAGUUACUAGAAGUAAUUCAAAACGAGAAAAACAAGGUUAUCAUCAAGAAUAUGGGUUGGAAUCUCAUUUCUCCUCUUGUUAGAUGUAUUUUCAUGUAUAAACAAGAAGAUGAUAAGCGAGAACAAUGCCUGAGAAUACUUGAUCAGUUGGCACAGCUCUGCAAUCCAAAGGAACUUUUUUUGGGUUUACUUGAGCAGAUUGAGCAGACCUCUGGAGAGCAAGUGUGUCAAACUGUCAUGUUAUUGCUUCAGCCUUUGCAGACAGUGCUUUUGAAACUUCAGAACAAGAAGGCCUACUCAGUGGGCUUAUCAUUGGCCAUGAUUAUGAAUCAACUCACUCCCCUACCUGUACCUUACACAAAACAACAAAUACAAGAAGAUAAACUUGGUCUCUGUCAAUGUUGUAAUGCAGUGGUGGAUUUUGCUAAACCUUUUGUGAAUGAAGUUGUUAAAAAUAUGGAAAAGUCAUCAGAAUACAAUGACAUGGAGCUGAAAGAAGAAUUAAUAAAAUUCUGCAUGAAAAGCCUGAAAUACCCAUUAUUGACAGCUCAACUUGAACAACUUGAGGGCAUUGAGGAGCAUCCUUUUCGGCGUUUUGCAACUGAAAUUAUAGACAUUUUGUGGAAUAUAGGAGAAUUAAUACCGUCAGUGUUUGUACAUCAUAAAAACAAAAGUCCAGACUGGGAGAAUCAGGAGUUUGCAGACAUAGAGAGAAAGAAUUCUGCUGAUUCUUUGGCAUGUUUGUCAUAUCUGAUCUUUGUUCAGCAUUUGGGUAUGGAAUGCUUUCCAGUGGUUUUUAGUCCUUCAUACCUUCUGCUGUGCAAUAUGACACAUAUUGAAGUGCUGCUGAAAAGAACAGAAGAAUCUGUAUUAUCUAAAGGACUUGAUCUGUUUGAGAGCUGUUUAUUGAGAAUGGAAGAUAACAGCCUUCUCCAUCACUAUUUAGAAUUCAGAGACUUCAUUAAUGUACCUCAGGAUUUAGUGAAAAUUAUGACCCUUUGUCCCAUGGAGCAUAUGGGAAAGAAGAGUUUAAAUAUUUUGCAGUUGUUCAUAGACAAGUUUGAUACAGAGGGAAAAUACACAUUAUUCAGGUGUUUACUGAAGACAAGCAACCAUGCUGGUGUGGAAGGAUACAUCAUUAAAAAUAUAAAGGAUCAAAUUCACUUAGCAUUAACGAAGGAGUAUGACAUUUGGUUUACAGGACAUCACCUGAUCUCCCUUCUAGAUUUAGUACUUUCACUUCCAGAAGGUGCUGAGACUGAUCUUCUGCAAAACUCAGACAGGAUUAUGGCAUCACUAAAUCUGCUGAGAUACUUAGUCAUUAAGGAUUGUGAAAGUGACAACCAAACUGGUGUAUGGACCACAUUUGGCAAGAUAGAGCAGAAUUUCUUAAAACCACUGCGUGUAGGACUCAAUAUGUCAAAAGCACAUUAUGAAGCAGAAAUAAAAAAUAAGAAAGAAAACAGAAAAGAGGCACACAGUUCUAACACAGUUUGUUCUGUAACUGUUGGUGGGGAAAAGAUGCCUGCCAUGACUACUGGAAUGCAGCUUCAAGUUUUACACUCAGCUCUCUUCACAUUUGAUUUAAUAGAAAGUGUUCUAGCUCGAGUAGAAGAACUCAUUGAAGUGAAAACAAAAGCUGUAAUGGAUGAAAAUAGUUGA